UGUAAAAGAAAUAGACUUUAGAAAAUUAAUACAACAAUUUAAAAAGAUUGAAGAAUAUCGAAAAAAUCAAGAAUUUUAUAACUUAUUCCAAAAUGAUCUGAAUUAUUUAGAAAAAAACAAAAGAGAAUGUCAAGAAAUAGAUGAAAAAAUCCACUCGUUGAAAUAUCUAAUUUUAGAAUCCAUAUUAAAAGAAAAACAAUUAGAGCGAUCAGUGAACAGAUUAUUAUUAAAUCAUGAACAAUCCAAAUAUGGAUACUUUUAUAAAAUUGAUCAAAGCGAUGAAAAUAAUUUAGAUACGACAGAAUAUGGAAAAUUAUUAGAAAAUUUCUCGAAGGAACCUGUCAACUUUUAUACAAUUUUAAAUAAAAGAAACCUUGAUAAACACGCAUAUCAUGAUAUAAGAAAUUUUAAUUAUAAAAAAAAAAACAAUGAAGAAGAACAAACAAAACAUGUGGUAAAUACAGCUCUUAUAAAUAAUCAAGCAAAUAAUAAUGAGAACAAAUAUGCUAUAAAUAAAGGUGAACAAAAUAACAUCCCUCUUGAACAAGCAAAAAAAGUAAAUAAUAACAACAAUAAUAAUGUUAAGAUUAAUGCAGGAGAUCCCCAUAUAAAUAAUAAGAACAUAAAUGAAGAAAAACACGCCUCAGAAUGUAUUGGGAAAAAUGAAAAGGAACACAUAAUAAACACAAAUGCACAAAAGGAAAAGGAAAAGGAAAAGGAAAAUAAAAUAAGCAACAUAAAAGAAAAACAAACUCCAAAAGAUAAUAACGCCAAUAAAAAUGAUAAUAUGAAUAAAGAAUAUUAUAAAUGUAAAAUUAAACAAAUGAAUAAUGAAAAGAAAAAUGAUGAAGAGAAAGAAAAAAAUGUUCUAUUAAAAAAAAAAAAAAAAUACAACACAUUUAAUUUAUUCCCUAAAAAUAAUAAAAAAAAUUCCAAUGAACCAUAUGAUAAAAAUUAUUUCAGAAAAGAAGAAAAACUUUUAAGCACCAUAAAUUUGAGAAAACGUUUAGCAGAAAUAGAUAAAAAUCCAUAUUCUAAAAGUGAUGAUAAUGAUAAUAAUAAUAAUAAUAAUAAUAAUAAUAAUAAUAAUGAUAAUGAAUUAUCAGGUGAAGGCCGUUUAUCAUCAACUGGUAUGUACAAAACGGAAGAAUACUUAAAUGAAAUUAAAAAAGAUAUUGUUCGUUGUAUAUGUGAAAAAAAAAAUUAUAAUUUUAUUAAUGAAAAACAAGAAAAAAUAAAUAAUGAAAUAUUUUAUAAAGUUUUCGAACAAUAUCCUUACAGUUUUUUCUCAAAAUCAGUCAAAAAUUAUAACAUAAUAUUAAAUGAAAAAGAAGAAGAAUCAGAGUUAUCAUGGCUAACUAUGCUCAAAAAAAAAAGUCAUAAUAGAUCUAUUUUACCUCCAAGUAGAGAUACCUUUAGAGAUGGUACUCAUUUUUCGAAUUGUCGUGCUACCGAGCACACAUUGAAAUUUUUUUUAUCUCUCUUAACAUUAUUAAGAAAAGGUCCCAUUGAUUUAAAUUUAAAAAAAUAUUUAAAAAAAAAUAUUCAAUUCUUAAACACUGAAUUAUUUAGUAUGAAAUUAAAUUUGGAUAAAAAAAGAGCAAUACUUGAAAAACGAUUAGAUCAUUUUAAUUUCCAAGAAAAUUCAGAAUUCUCAUUUUAUAAUCCAUUAAAAAUAAAUAUAAGAAUGAUGAACUUAAUUGGAAGAGGAGGAUUUGCUGAAGUGUGGGAAGUUUUUGAUUCUAUCAAUUUAGAAAUGUAUGCAGCCAAAAUUCAUAAAAUUGAACCAAGUAUGUCCAAUGAAAUAAAAAAUAAAAUUAUUCAAAGAGCAGAAAAUGAAAUAAAUAUACAUAUACAUUGUCAUAGACAUAUAUUUAUUGUUAAAUUAGAAUUCUUUUUUGUAUUUGGUUCAGCAACAAAUUUAUUAGUUGGAAUGGAAUUAUGCGAUAUUGAUCUAGAUAAAUAUAUUAAAUAUCAUGGACCAAUUAAUGAACUUUUAGCUUUAUGUUGGAUUAAACAAAUAUUAUUAGGUUUAUUAUAUAUGAAAAAUUUACCAACUGGAAAAGUACACCAUUGUGAUUUAAAACCUGCCAACUUAUUAAUCAAGGAUGGAAUUAUAAAAAUAUCUGACUUUGGACUAGCCAAACUAAUUUUACCAGAUACACAUCAAUAUUACAAUGGAGGUGGUACAUUGUAUUAUCAACCACCAGAAUGUUUAAAAAAUAAAAAAAACCUUCUUAUCACAGAUAAAAUUGAUAUCUGGUCAUUGGGAUGCAUUCUUUAUGAAAUGCUCUUUUGUGAAAGACCUUUCCAAUUUAAUUACCUUGAAAAAUGUUCAAAAGAAUUAUUAGUUAACAAAAUGAAAAAUGGAUUAACCUAUCCAAAAAUUAAUCAAAAAAUUUCAAAUGCUACUUUAAGUUACAUACAAUAUUUACUAAAUUUUGACUAUGAAUUACGACCAUCUAUAGAAGAAGCCUUAAGCUAUCCAAUUUUUAACUACUUUAAUAUACCAUAA